UUACGCGCCAAAACCUGAGACUCAAGACUCCUCUGGAGCAUACAAACCGGAAAAAACUCACUCUUACAUUUCUCCAUAGCGAAGAAUUUUCUUAAAAGCGAAAAGAAGAGCAUAAAAAUGAUGUUGCUUUGGUUCGUGUUGGACUUGCGGAGCUUGUCGCCUCCUGUUCUUCGAGAUCUGAAGCAGUCGUUGUUGCAGCUUGCAAAUUACUAUGCAGUUUCGUGCCGGAAGAUUAACAAUAGUUCUGAUAGCGUUCAUUCGACUUCGAAGCCUCUGCUUGAUUGCAUUGGACUAUGCUAUGUCUUGCGGAAUCGAACUUCUUGUUCUGAUGAGCUGAAGAUUGCAUAUGCUCCACAUGGAAACUUCAAUCUGCGUGAUCUUCACCAUGCUCUGAACAAUCUGCCCACUGAUGCUUUCUUGCCUGAAUACAGUAAUUCUGUAUGCAUAUAUAAGGACCUGAAGCUGGCAGAUGUUCUGAGUGCAAAAACUAUUUACGCUUGGGGAGAUCAUGAUAAAAAUGUUGCAAGAAAAGUGAUCUUUAUAAGUUCUUGUCUUGUUGAUACCCUGGACUCCGUGACAAUGAAAGCUCUGACAGAUGCGGUUGACAAGCGUAUUUCUAUGGAAUUUAUUUUGUUGGAGCAAACAUCAAGCUACCUUGGUGAUUUCACUGAAAAUAUCAACCACUUAGUGAAGCAAAUUGGUUCUCUGAAAAACUGCUCAUUUCAGACAUGUGUUCCAAAUCAACAGGUACUGCAUGGCUUUGCAAAAAGAUGGUUUCAGGAGUUAAAGGAUGACAAGGAAGAACCAUUACAAGCUCAUUUUAUCUUCAAAACCAAUUUAAUAAGCACUCUGAACCAGAUAUCCUGCAACUUGUGCACAUCUUUCAAUCCCAUAGUUGAUGAGUUCAUUUUUUGUCAGACAUGCAGAUGCCAUGGCAUUCCAUUGGACAACGCAAAUGUGAAUGAGACCAAGAGGUCUUCUUCUUGUCCAGUAACCAAUGAUGAUCUUGGAGCUUUAGAUAUAAUUGAGAACUCUGUCAGGGUUGGUGAACAAACAACACUAUAUAUGCCCUCAUUCCGUGGCAGUCCAAAGCUAAAGCAAGUUUCUUCACGUAUUAACUUCAUUGUCAUUCAGAGAACCAACUUAGGAUCUCUAAGUGAAGGGCUAAUAAUGGGUCCCACCUACUUUGUUACUCCAUCAACUUUGCAUGAUUCAGAUGAGAAUGACAAAUCAGAGCAAAACAACCAACUCUUUCAGGCGGUAUGCAGUGUCUUAAAUUCACUUGAUCAGGGUUUGGUUUGCUCUUCUAAUUGUAACAUUGAAACUGCAAUGGAGAUUUCAUUCCGGUGCUAUUAUAUUCUUUUACCUUCAGACAAAGGGCUGAUGCUUCUCAGGAGGCUUUCCGCAUCAGAGGAAUUUUUGCCUAUCCCUGAUGUCAGCCAAUUCAUUAGCUCCAUUGCAGUUGAAGAGAUUGAAAACACAGUUCAAGCCUCUUUGCUGAAGUUGGGGGUAAGUGACUAUAAUCCAAUCCAGCAUGACAGAGGUCUUCAUCAAAAACUGAACUUGCUUGUUAAAGAAAGCCUGCAAUUUGGGGCUAUACUUCCUAAAAGCAAAGAAGUAAUCUCAUCAUCAAACUCCAACCUCCGGAGUCCUGAAGCUCAACCGCCAAUACAAGCAGCAGGCACAGUUGUCAUCCCAGUAGAUGAAUUGUCACACUUUGAUCCUAAACCUGAAGAAAAGAAAGCUGGACCAUGUCUUACAGAAGAAUGGGAACAACUUGUCGUCACCGAACUUAAAGGCAUACAUUCUCCAACAUGCAUUUCCAACUUAAAGCUAGAUCAAGUGGUUAUGUCACCAUCACAAAGUAACAGGCAAGUGGAUGAGAAAACUUCAAGAAUCCUUGAGAGGCUGGAACUCCCUAGGCAGCUAAAAAGAAAAGCAGUUUCACCAACAAUGUCAAUCACUCUUUCUGCACCGGCAAAGAAGCCCCUGAUACCGUAUAAGUCCACCGACACUGCAGAUCAAGGCCCAAUAUUAAGCCAACCAAUAAAGCCCAAUUUCCAGAGGAUAAAGAAGGGAAGAGAUAGCAAAACAAAUCAUAUGCGGUAAAUCUUCUACUUCAUUUACUAUCAAUAUAUGCCAAAUUAUUGCAUGUUCUAUGUCCUCUUGGGAUAGAUAUCGUACACACUCACCAUGCAAAAGAUAUUGUGGGAUAAUGUUCUUUGGGUAACUUUCAUUUGCAUUAAAAGAUAACUUUUUUUGCUAGAACAGUAUAAGUUGCACUUAACAAGUAUGGUUUUGUUUCAUAGUCAAACAAGACUGAGGUUGUUCAACAUCUUCAUUCCUUAAUAUAGCUACUGGUGUGGGUAAAAUUAUACGAACAUUUAUACUUCUUCUUUAGGAUUAUCUUUCAUCUUAUUAACUCUUCGCUUUAGUGUUUAGUUACUCCACCUCAUGUAUAGAGUGCUGAGAUUAAAACAUACAGUUUAUGUAGCCUAUGAGGUUUCUUUAAACACCAU